GUACCCCAUCAUCUACCAUUAUAGGCAUGGAGAGCUCCAGUGGCCCCAGGCUUGGGAAGAUGUCCUCAUCAGGCCUGCCAAGGGGCCAGACACCCAAGCAUGUAUUCCCCCAGGACUUUGUUAGAAGCACGCCUGGCCCUGAAAACAACAACAAACAUAGUUUAAUGUGUGAUGAGCAAGCAGAUGGGAAGAGAAAAGGUCGACCCAAAACCGAAGGUCAAGAGCUUCGGAGCAUUCCUGCCCAUUUGGUGAUACAAUGGAAGGAAGAGUUCAAGCGCCGCGCCAGGGUUAAAUGUCCAUGUUCAGGCUGUUGGUUAGAAUUUCCCAGCAUUUAUGGCGUCAAGUACCACUAUCAACGUUGCCAAGCGGCCUCUGUAGCUGAGAAGCUGAGUCAUGGCUGUCCCUACUGUGAGGCAGCUUUUGCCACAAAAGUGCGGCUUGAGAAGCACAAGCUGUGGAACCAUCCAGACAGAGUUAGCAAGGAAGCCAAGGAGGAGCAGCUUCUUAAAAUUCCUGUUAAGUCCAACGUAAAGAAAAGACCAAUGGAGAACAGUCAUCCCUCACCGAUGUUCUUCAAGGUGAAAAAGACUUAUGAGGUGUCCACACCGUCCCAGAAUGGAGAACUGGCCCACCUGAAGAGCGAAAGGAAAGUGCACGCUCAGAUCCCGGCUUCGCAGAAAAUACACCAGUCACAGACAGAUCAGCCACAGUCUCAGAGCACAUCAUCUGACGCAGGAGGGAGUGAAAGUGAAGGAGGAAGCAUUCCCUCUUCUUACCCCGAUGAAGAUCCUGAGCGAAUGAGGCACAGACGAAAGCAGAAAACUCCUAAAAAAUUCACAGGAGAACAGCCGUCGAUAUCCGGGACAUUCGGGCUUAAAGGUAUGACUAAGGUAGAGGAGAAGCUGAAGGCGGGUCGUGUUAAGAGACCAGAGGGCUGUGGGUUCAGUGAUGAGCAUCAAAGAAGACCCGUAUCUGCUCAGUCCUCCAAAAAGGAGCCAGCAACAGCAAGUUCAGGUGGUGUUUCUGACACUCAGUGGCAGCGAACAAUCUCAGAGCGAGGGGAAGUGGUAUGUCCCACCUGCUCCAUUGUCACCAGGAAAACAAUCCAAGGCCUGAAGAAACACAUGGAGAUCUGCCAGAAGCUCCAGGAUGCCCUAAAAUGCCAGCAGUGCCAGAAACAGUUCCGCUCCAAGGCUGGCCUCAACUACCACUACAUGGCUGAACACAGCACCAAGCCCUCAGGGAGCGAAGGCCAGACGGUCAACGAGCAUGAAGAGAGGGAACGGCUGCGGCGGAUGCUCAAACAAAUGGGACGAAUCAAGUGUCCUAGUGAGGGUUGUUCAGCCCACUUUUCCAGCCUGAUGGGCUACCAGUAUCACCAGCAGCGUUGUGGAAGAGAGUUUUCUGACGAUGAGAAGCCUGUGUUUCUGUGUCAGCACUGUGGGAAGAGCUACCGCUCCAAGGCAGGCAGAGACUACCACAAACGCACUGAGCAUCCGCCAGCCAUCACCGCCAGCACAACAGCGACAAACACCAAUAGCUACAGGAACAACAUCACUGACACCAACAACAAUACUGGCAAGGAAAGAGGAAUUUCCGACGAUUCUCCAGCAGUAGCGAAGAAAAAAGAGCAGAACAUGCCUGAGAGGAAAGACUGGCAGGAGAAAUCACCAUCCAGCCAGCUUAAAGAGAAAGAGCUAGAAAUGGGAGAGGAGAGAAAAAAACUAAGCAAAGAGAAAGCAGCACAAACAAAGAGUCAGGGGGAAGACUUUGAGAGGACUCCCAGCGGCCGAGUGAGGCGGCAGUCUGCUCAGGUGGCGGUAUUCCACCUGCAGGAGAUAGCUGAGGAUGAGCUGGCCAAAGACUGGGGCACCAAGCGACGCAUCAAGGACGACCUGGUGCCUGACAGCAAGAGGUUGAACUACACCCGUCCUGGCCUGCCCAACUUCAGCCCAGAGCUGCUGGAGACCUGGAAGAACCAAGUGAAGGAAAAAGGCUUCAUCUGCUGCACAAAUGCUAACUGUGAAGCUGUCUAUUCCAGUGUGUCUGGACUGAAGGCACACCUUGCCAACUGCAGCCAGGGUGGUGGUGAAAUGGGAAAGUACACUUGCCUGAUCUGUCAGAAGGAGUUUAGCUCAGAGAGUGGUGUCAAAUAUCACAUUAGUAAGACACACUCACAGAACUGGUUUCGUGCAUCAACCAGCCAAGUGGUCUCUGGUAACAAGAGUAAAGGGUUGGAGAGCAAUGGAUUCAAAGCUGAGGUGAGAAAUGGAGCCACUACUGGUAAGAAGAGGGGCCGGAAACCAAAAGAGCGCCCCAUGAUGGAUGAGCCUCUCCAAACAAAGACAGAUGAGCUCACCACCAUCCAAAACUCACCUCCAGCCAUGACCCCCCCCUCUUGCUCAGCACAGUCCCCAGCCCUGAUCCCUGAUCAAACGGACAGCGACGAUCCCGGCCAGGAAAGGCACAGCCUCCCCUCCAACACCAGAAGGAGCAAACCCAAGAAGAUUUUUUUUUCAGAGUAGCACUGCUUUUCUCAGAGCUGGAGUCAGAGUGGAUGCUUAGCAUAAACACACAGCCUGGAAGCUAAAAGGAACCCUCCUAUGUGGCAUUGAAGCAGAAACAGUGAAGACAUUAAAGACUUAAAUCUUGGUUUUAUACCUUAGAGUUAAUGUAUCCUUUGGUAUGAACAUUUCUCUCCACAGUAGAUCAUUUUCUCCAUUCCAUCUUGGUUUCCUUUAUGGGGCACACAUAUCAGUUUCUCUUCUCACAGCCGAGGUCAUAAACCAAGAGCAAAUCCAAAAUCCCAACAUGGAUAGGAGUUUUCAAACAGAAAUAGUUUCCAAAAUAGAUGAAAGAUCAUUUUCUCUGCAAGAUUCCAAUUUUGAAAGGAUUUAAAAAGGAAAUUCUAUUAGCAUGGUGAGGUCAUUUUAUGAUGGCUGGUGUUUCUUUCAUGUUUCCUCAUGAAUAUACUGUACAUGUACAUAAACAGUAUCUAUAUCUAUAUAUCUAUAUACUCAAAGCAAUGAUGCCAUCCUUCGUUUUCAUGCCUGAUGCGUCCAGUUGGCUUUAUGUCAGUCACACAUUUUGCUGUGUGUUGUAGUGCAACAUCAUUUCAAUUUUUUUCUUCUUUCUUCUAGUUUUGCCUUCAUUGCUUUUUUAGGUUUCUAAUUCUUGAGGGAAAAUUUUAAAAAAGCUAAAUCUUUUGUUUUUCCCCAACAAUGUAGCUUUUAUCGAACUUUAUGCCGAAGCAUUAAACCCAAAAAGUUGUGUUUAUUUAACUUUUAUUUCUUCAGAUAUAAGUCGGUAAAAAAAAAGCACAUGAUAUGAUAUAAUUUAAUUGAUUUCAACCAAGAAGCAAAAGAAUAUCUAGCAAAGCUAGGUGUUUAACAGAAGGAAGGAUUUUAAGGUUGUUGCACCUUUGCAGCACAAUCAAAUGAUUUAUCUCUGUUAAAAGGAGGCCAUACUCUGAAGUCUGCUUUACCAAGGAUCUAAGCUGCAGAGAAAAAAAAUCUUUUAUAUGUCAAAAAAAGAAAAAAAAAGGCUUAGGUUGAUAACAUUUUAUUACACAAGCUAAAACUUGCAAAUCAACAUUCUCAGAAAGUAAUGUAUUUGAAAGAAUUCCUAGAAGCUAAAAGUUAUUGCCUUGCACUUUAACCCUCUACCCUUGUUGCUCCCCUCUUGUCGUUUUUGCACUCUAGGACUCUUCAAUCUAGCCUGCAGGUCGUCUGUCUAACAGGAGAGGGAAAAUGUUGCUCUGAUGGAAAAGUUCAAAAGGCAACAGGAUGGUUAACUCUUUCUGAACUAUGAAACCAGACUGUAUGAUUAUCGCUUACAGAGCCUUGCAAAAGUGUUCCUACCCCUCAAACAUUUCAGCAUUUCAUUGCAACCACAAACUCAUCUGUUUUGUUGUAACCCUCCCGCAUUAAGGAGCAAUUAACUAUUGAAUUUUUUGCAAAAAAAUAAAAAAAAUCCCCAUAGUCUUGCAUGAAUGUGUAUUACUCUGCAGAACCAUAUUUAUUACUUUCGGCUACAAGCUAGUUUUUUCUAGAGACUAAAUGUAUGCCCUCUCUUCUUCACAAAGUAGUCUGUGAUAUUCAAUUGAAAAAAACGUAUCUUAGUUUUAAUAUUGAAUGGACUUUGGUCCAUAUUAACAUGUUUUCAGCAGCAUUUUACUUUUAGCUGGAGAGUGAACAUCCACCCCUCCUUUAAGUUUUAAAAUCUUUCGCAAGUGAUCAACAGUGAGCCGUUUGUCAGAUUGAGGUUGAUAUGUUUAGGGUGUGAUGUUUGUUUUGCAGAACCAGGGUGUCAGUUUUUAACUAACUAAGCUCAGGUUGCUGUUUUAUGAUUUUUCCCUGUUUUAAACCCUUUACGAUUUUAUCUGAAGAACUCCCUGGUCUUCCUUAUUUGGUUUGUUUACUAAUGUUUUUUUUUUUCAAACAACUCUGAGGCCUUCAGAGAACAGCUAGGUUUGUACAGGAAUUAAACUCCAUUUAUGAAUUAACUGAUAACUGAAGGUUGUUGGUUUGCUAACAUUUUAUUUAGUAUUUAGAUUUAAAAAGGCAAAAUACAUAAACACCUAAUGGUUUUUGAUUCUUUUCUUGGAAAUAAGAAAAAAUAGGCAUAAUUUUCCAUAACUAUGCACUACUAUGUUUUGGCAAUCAUGUAAAAUCUAAUUAAAAUCCAUUGACGUUUGUGGUUUUAACAUGAUAAAAUGUGAAAAGGCUUAAGAGGUAUGAAUUCUUCUGCAAAGCACUGUAUCCCAGAAAGCCAUAACUGGUCAAAAUGAAGUUCAGAGUUUCUAAACAUUUUAACUUUGGAUUUAUUAGAUAAUAAUAAUAUAAAAAAAAAAAUAGAUUACUUGAUUACUUAAGAUGAGAGGAUAUUUUCGCUUUACCAUGUUCAAAGUAGAUACUUGAAUCCACAGUUAUAUUAAUCUUUUCAGCAAAUCUAAAUGACAUAUUUGGUUUAUUUGUGCUGUUUAUGUGUAUAAAAUAAUGACUCAUUUAAAAAAAGAAAAAAAGAAUGCACAUCUAUUUUAUACUCUUGCGUGCAUUAUCUAGAUAGCUAACUGCUAGUUUUGGAUAUAUUGUGAUGUGAGGGAUAGGAAGGGUGCUUCACUUGCCACUUUACCUUAAAGACCUGAUACAACUCACCUAAAGUCUAAUGAUCCAUCCGCUCAUCACCUUCUUACUGGGAAGUUGUCUGAAUUUCUGGAGCAAAAUGUUAAAUUCAUUAAAGCCAAGCACUGAUGUCAGCCGAACAUGAUCCAGGAAUACAGACUUUAAUAUGUUAUGUGUGUUUAGGUGUUGUUCCUGUCUAAUAAACAGCAACAUUUUAACUUGAAUUCCUUCUUUACUUAUCAGAUGGUUGAAUCUAUUCAGACAGGGAUGAUUUCUUUUUUUUUUUUUGUGUGACGGACCUUUAUCUGCUAUUUAGGAUCAGUUGACAAAAAGCAGAAGUUAGACAAGCACUGAUCGGUCCGUGGACGUUUUGAACGCCAGUUGUCCAGACCUUUGUGUGUGUGUGUGUGUGUGUGUGUGUGUGUGUUUGUAUUAAACAGUUAGCACCUUUGUAACGAGUGGAUGUCUGAGAACGGCCACGCUCUCUGUUGACUGUGAUGCCGUGGCACAGAUUCAGUUCGUCAGCUGCUUGUUUGUUGUUUCAUUAAAACAUUGCGUCGACUGUGUUUACCCAACAAGCUUUUGGUGUUGCAAUACGAUAGUUUAGCACUGCUUAUAAGAGUGGAUAUUUUAUAUUUUAUAGCACCCUUUACUAUCUGUCUUCCUAUUACCUGGAAAACACAUCUCUCCUGCAGUGCGGAUUUACUGCAGCUUGUUUCAAACCUACAGCAAUAUACCACAUUUAGCUGAUUUUGUUGGCUUGCCAAUAUUUUGAUAUUGAUGUCUUCUUAGAAGUGUGUGGCUUUUUCCCAACCCCAUGUUUCUUUUUUUUGAUUACUUUAAAAAGCUUUUUAAUUGAUAUGAAUUUUACACAACAGUGUUGAAAAAUUAUUUUAGACCCAGAGAACCUUGUUGGCAUACACUGUUAUUUUAACCAUUCUGAUGAUGUACAUGAUUUAAGCUUUUUCAAUACACAAAGGCAACCCUGUUGAGAUUCCUUUAUUAUUAUUACAUAUUGAUAUGGGGGGCAACAAGGCAUAUGUAUGUGUGUUUGUUUCUGUAUUUAGUGCACUUACUAUAACAUAAAAUAGGCUUGAAAAUAGGAGUGUUGUUGGAGCUAUCUAGUGACCUGGACUGUGUGGUGUGACUUUUGUACCCAGGGAAACAGGAGGCUCAAGUGUCUUCCCUUUGUCAGCAAUGUUAUUUCCAAAACCAAGGUUAAUCUUUAGAAAUCCUCUUAGACAGCCUAUGAAUUUUACCCUGGCUCGUGUUGUAAGCUACCUACUUGAAAAACAAGGACCUGGCAUCCGGCUCUGCUGCCGGUCAUCAUGAUGAAACAUUGGAGAGCUGCACAAACGGCUCAUUACUGUUUAUGACACAUAGGUAACUGAUAAAAAUGAGACUAAUGAUGUAAUUAAGAUUUCCUUAUCUUAAGUUAAGCUGUAUAGUACCUAACACUGGAGGAUUCUACACCUCCUUUGUGUCUGAACUGUUACACUUUUUUCUCCCAAACUUGUUGUAUUACCUGUGCAUUAGUAUCCCUUACCUAAUUAAUAAAGUUUGAUGACUAAA